CAGCAAAUGGACUUGUUGACAAAUUGUAACUUUCCAGAGAUUAAAGUCACGUGCCACCUGAAUAACACGUGCCCAAUAAAAGCUCUUCCUCGAUUCCUUCAUUACUCCCACAACGAAAUCAGUUGGGUAUUCUAGAAGAGAAAGAGAUGGAUGUUUCUGAGAUGGAAACCCUAAGUGGGUAUAUUCUGGAAGACAAAGAUAUCCAGCCUUCGCUUCAUUACAAACUCCAACCAGUAAGUAUAGGUCAGAUUUCCCCCAGAGAAAUGGCAUAUGGCAAAGGAGUUACGAUUUAUGAUUCUAUUGAAGAAAUUGUUAUAUGGGAUUGUCCAGAGUUAAAGAGAAAUCCUUUUCAGCUUCCCCUGCUUGAUAAUGGCCAACUAUCUCCUCCUCCUCGUCUCACAGCAAUCAAGAUUCAUAGAGACUCAGAAGGAUGGUGGGAAUCAGUGGAGUGGGAUCUACUUAACGCUAAGAACCUUCUUCAACCUUACUUGAAAUAUUACAGUUGAUUGAGGUGUGAAGUGAAGAGCUACAAACAGUAAACGGACUUGCUGGCAAAUCGUAACUUUCCAGAGAUUAAAGUCACGUGCCACCUGAAUAACACGUGCCCAAUAAAACCUCUUCCUCAAUUCCUUCCUCUCACAACGAAAUCAAUUGGGUAUUCUAGAAGAGAAAGAGAUGGAUGUGUCUGAGAUGGAAACCCUUUGUGGGUAUAUUCUGGAAGACAAAGAUAUCCAGCCUUCGCUUCAUUACAAACUCCAAUUCAUUAAAAACUCCAACCAAUAAUUUCCUGUUGGAUUUGUAAGGUAUUUAGUCUACGAGGGUGAAGUGGAAGUGCUGAGGAAAAAUGAAAGUGGAACUACAAAGAAGGUUGACAAUAAAACGGUGACCAACAAUAUCAACAGGCUUCCCGCACCCAAGAAGUUUCUUGCGUUAGGAAGCGCUGUUCCUUAUCUGGGAAGGAAAGCAGGAAAGGGGAAAGCAGGGAAAGCUAAGGAUUCCAAGCAAGGCAAUAUCUCAUUGUUCUUCUAGAGCAUUAAUUUGAGAAGAUUGGCAGAAUGAAGUUUCGGUUUCUUCUUCCUAGCCAUCAUUCUUCAUUGGAUCUCGUUCUUUCUUUUGAUUGGAUACUUAUAUAUCUAAUUCUUGUUUAUCUACAAUGGGAGACUGGUAGUGGACUAGUGGUGGCCCUACCAACCACUGAGGUAAGUUAUUUU